GUGUUGUUGUUGUGGGCCAAAUACAGUGGCUGACUCUAUGGUAUAUAUUAAAAUUUCUUUCGGAUAUAAACAUUUUAAGACUAACUUUCGGUAUUGUUUUGGGCUGUUUAAGACAUUCUUAAAUGCAAAAGGAGCAUAACAGAAUCAAUACUUCAAACAUAUUUAAGCAAAUGCUAGUGUAAAGUAAUCGACGAAUGGCGGACUUCUAACAAUAGCGGGCAUGUUGAGACUGCAGCGGAGCAUCGGGAAACUGUCUGCGGGCUUGUGAGCUUCACUGUUGGACACACGGUCUCUCGAACCUCGGUGUGGAACGCAACACAAUGCCGCAGGGCAAGGCCAAAAAGAAACUGCACUAUCUCCAAGGAGAGGAAAAAGGCAUGUCUAAACUUAGGAUAAAAGAUGUCUUUUCCCUGCGUGGCACUGACAAUUUAUUUGAUGACAUUGAUGUUGAUUCUGACCUGGGUUUGUCUCUGCGUUCUCCAUUGCCCAAGAGCACUGGUGAAACUGAGACCAAGGAAAGCAGAUGUUUAUCUAAUGGAGAUCAGAUGAAAACUCCGUUUAAACAGGUUCGCAAGGAUGCUUUGAUCCAAGAAAAUGGUAUUCAAGAGGGUGAAAUAAUUUAUAAAGAGAGUCCAUUUAAAGACAUUGCUCCCAUUAAGACGUCCAGCCCUAUUGAAAUGGAAACAGGGGGAGGUGAUGCAGUAGAUGGAGUAAGGCUUGUGGCUGACCCUCUGCUCUUUGGAGUUGAAGAUGAGGAGCCCAUUGGAGGAGACCUCAGCAAGCUGCCCUUCACUCAGCAGUCAGAACCAGUGAAGGAAUCCCUCAGUGGGGAUAGUGUGUCUCUGGCGUCACCACCAAAAAGGCUCGAACUUAGAAAAGCCACUAAACUAAAUGCUGGUUCCUCAUCAUGCAUGAAGACUACAAAACCAAGCAAGGCAGCAUUGCAAGCCAUCCAGUGUUCACAUCCAGACACAAAGGAAGAUUUACUAAUGGAUAAAGAUCCAAGUCGGCUGUCUCCAGUUUUGGUUCAGAAGAAUGAACUACAACUUGGGAAGACUCAGCAAAGCAAGGAACAGAUGGCGGAGGAUUCUGAGAAAAGAUUGUCUUUCCAGCACAAGAUUAAAAAGGCCUUAAUGCCCAAGUCUUCAUGUUCCAGGAAACCAGCGGCAGCUCCAGUUCCUCUGCCUGUAGAUUUUGAGGAGGACUUCAUGAUCCUGGACGAUGAGGCUCCUAUUCUUUUUAUGAUCCCUCGCAAGCCAGAGGUCAGCAGGAGCAAAAGACCAGUCCCAGCAGACUCUGCAAAGGAUAGUGUUCCUGCAGAUCCACAAUCUGCAGAUCAGCUUUUACAGAGUGAAGAAGAUAUAAAUAAUCAGCAGGGCACAGAUUCUAAAAGAAACCAAGCGCAAAUUGAUUCUGAUAAGCAAAAACCUCAAGGAAAACGUAGGAGGGCUUCAAAAAAGAGCCGCAAAGGACCUGUGCCGCAUGAUGUUUUCAAGGACAGACCAGACCCUGUAACCCAAAGACGAGAGAACAGGAUUUGUGAUCAGAGUCCCUCUCAAACUGUACAGGGAAACAAAGUUAUGGAUUCAUCAGGAAAACGAAAUACGAAGAGCAAAACAUCUGAUCUUGAUGAGCUAUCUGACAAAGAUGGAAACAAUGCUGGUGGUAGCCACGAGACUCCAGUUCCACCUGUGCCUAGCUAUAUAAAAAAAUCCUCCAGUUCUCAACGUGAUAGACCAGGGUCGAAAACAAAAAAGGAAUCCAACAAAGUAAUCACUGUAGCAGGUUCUCACACCACAAACUCUGUAAAAUCUAACAAAAAUGGAAAAAAGAGCAGAAAUGGGAAAGCUGUUUCUAAGACAAAGAAACGGAUAUCUAACCAACAAAAAAAGUUGGGACAGAUAGAUUCUGCUUGUGAACUACAAGACGUUGGUGAAGCUUCACUUUCCCUUAAUGAGCAAGAGAAGGCACAAAGAACAGCUGUAAAUAAAAAGUCUUCAACCAAGCAAGGUGCUUUGAAGAUUCCAGCAAAAAAACUGAAGGAAAAAGAGACAAAAACAGUGGAAUCUGCACCAAAGGAUCCAUCAGCAAUGGCACCUGACACUUCUUCAGAUAGUCCUGUGACAUGCAAGAGGAGAAGGAAGCCUCCAGGAGAUUGGUGGCUUACUAGCCAAGAUGAAAGCCCCACAGAGUGUCAAUCAGAGCCAAAAACUACAGAAAAGCAAGCAGCUGUUGUUGAUUCUGAAGAAACACAGUCUCGCAGACCUAUCCAGGGGAAUCUGAAGAAGCCAGAAACUUCAGUCACUAACAAUGCAGUGGAAAGCAUUAAAAAGGUGAUGGCUCAUGGUGAUGACCUUGAAACUGGAGCAAAACAGAAAAUGUCUAAGAAAACAGGUGUUCGAAAGAAACGUAAAUCUGCAACCACUCAGCAACAAGUUCCGUCACCAACUCCUGGGUUUGGGGAGGAAUUAGAAGAAGAUAGACAAGAAACUUUUGUGAAUGAGAGUGCUGAGCAAGUUAGUCCAUUAUUAUGUAGUCCUUACAGACAGCACAACAUCACACCAGGUGAGAAUAGAGUAUUUGACAAGGUCUACACACGAGACACUGGAACUGCUCAGAAAAAUCCUUCAUCUUCUCUUAGAAGGCCAGAGAGUUCUGUACCAGAUGACGUUCCAAAGAAAAGGCAAAGAAAAGCCCCUUCCAACUGGUGGGAAGCACCACCAUCCGAGGAAGCAACUGAUGGGCCACAACCUCACAAUCCCCCUCCAAAUGCAAAGUCCAAAUUACCAAAUUCUUCUAUUAGUGCUGUGUUUAAUAAGGGGAUCACAGAAAACAAAUCACAGAAAACAAAGAAUUACAUCAAGAACAUAAAAAGAAGCAUAAUCAACACACCAAAGUCAAUCAAAAGAUCUUUAACCUCAAUGAAUGCCAUUUUCGCCUCGGAUAAAGCUGAAAACAUUGUAAAAUCGAGACAAAAACGGGGACGUAGAAACCUCCUUCACUCUCUUGAGGAUCAGUCAGAACACUCUAGUGAGAAUAUGGCCCACAGCGUUGAUCAACUGCAGGGAAACCGUAAUGCCUCCUUUGGGUUCACCAGUGGCAUUACUGUGGAGUCCUCAGGGACCAGAAAAGAAAAGAGCAUCAGAGCAUCCAGUGGACCCAACACGUUAUCUGAUGUUGACAAAGGUUUAAGGAGUGGGCCAUCGUCAAUGAUUGAUCUUCAGCAACACGAUGAGGAGGAUGAUAUUGACUUGCUGUCAUCCAGAGUGACUGCCCAUGUGCGACACAUCCCUCGGGUGUUGGCCCAGUGUGAUCUUUGUGGUCCUCCACUGCAACCCAUCAUCUUAGAGGAGGAGGACUGGAACAACCUGCACGCGUGGUUCUCUCACCUGUGGCCCCCAGCCUCUAAAGACGGGCGAGUUGUGAGUCCUGAUGACUUUCACUGGCACUCCCAUGGAGGCCGAGCAAUUGGCCAUGCAGUUGACCUUCAGAGUGGCUCAUUCUCUCAUGGAAAGAUUCUGCUGGGGUCGUUCAUGAAGAAACCCCCACAGAUGGACCUUGACACUGUUUCUGUAUUCAGCAUUAUUUCAAGUUGUGUGCGUGUUGAUAUUGAUGGCGUGAAGUCAGUUUACAAUUCUGGACAGGUGUUUAUGAUACCCUCUGGACAAGUGUAUAGCAUCCAUAACCUCUGUCAAGAGCCUGCUGUACUGAUCUACCACAGAACACAAACAUCACAACAAGAUGAUUAACAUGAUGUGGCCUUUUUAACUUUGAAAUAUCCAGCUGUUUAAAUUUGUUUUAAUAAAAUUGUAGUUUUUGUUUUUGUUUGUUUAAAGAAGAUACAUAAAAGCAGUUGUUUGUGUAAAUAGAUUCAGGUAAAUUGUCAAAAUUGAAAGGAUCAUAUUUCUUAUUUGUUAUGACAUCUGUAAAAUAUUAUUUUUAAAGUGUUAUGUAUAAAGCUUUUCAAAACAGAGGUCUUAUUAAUACAAAUGUACAUUUCUGUCUCCUGUGUUUUCCCAUUGGAAUGCAACUGUUUUGGAAUUUUAAACAAAUUGCUAGGCUGUCAGCAGGGGUCAGCAGAUCCUGUAUUAUUUUACAUUGUCUGUAGCGAAUGUCUAUCACUGGGCAAAAAAAAUGAAUUGCUAGUUGUGGUUUUUCUAGUAAAAUCUCUCUUUCAGUUUAUUAGCAAUGGCCUAAUUUACAGUCUGUCACAUUUAGAUUAGUGUUGACAUGUAUGUGAUCUCUUUAUAUCUCACUGCUUUUGUUGAUGAAAUAUUUAUGUGAACCACAAACCUGUUUCAAUUCAAUUGUUUGGGGUGUGUUUGUAUGUAUAGAUCUGCAAGAAAAAGUCAUUUGAAUUUUUCCACUUGGAAAGCUUGCCAUUCAUUUACAUCCCAUUCUGAAAGAGAAUUUUGUUGCAGAUACCAGCAUUUCACUGUACAUUUGCUUUUCUUGUAAAGUCAAUUUCUUUAGUAAAAACAAAAGCAGCUUUC